GCGGGUCCGUGCCCCGUGCGGGAGCGUCCCUGCGAGCCCCGCCGGUGUCGCCUCGUCCUUCCCGUGCCCCGGACCCCCUUCCCCGGAACCGAGCCAUCCGAACCCGUGGGAGCGCCGGCUCGCUGCCGGCGAGGGCGAGCGGAGACACCGGCGUUGCUUCUCCGCGCUUGUACACGGGCUCGGAGUGAGGCUGGACCUGCUGCGGGGCUGUGCAGUGCGGGGAGCUCCUCAGGAUGCUGUAGCCAUCAGACCGCCCUCAGCUUCACCCGGGAAAGGCACACAGCAGGAAGGAGCUGGACUGGAAACUCUCUGAGCUGGAAAAAGCCUGGGUUUAGUCCUGCAGAGCAGUGGCUGCCGUGGGGCUCCGUGUGUGCCGGUUCGUUUUCACCCCACGUCCUCCUGAAGUGACGGGCUCAGAGCGAGACCCCUCCCCAGACAUCUGUCAGUAAUAAUGAGGGGCUUGAUUUCCAACUGCGUUUUUGACCUGGCGGCCCUGGGGCUCUGCCGGCUCUUGGAGUGACGAGGGCGGAGGAGCGGGACGGGCCGGAGCGCGCCAUGGCCGAGAAGUGCGACUGCAUGGCCAGCAUGUACGGCUACGACCUGGGCUGCCGCUUCGUCAACUUCCGCCCGCUGGGCUUCGGGGCCAACGGGCUGGUGCUGUCGGCCCUGGACAGCCGCAGCUGCCGCAAGGUGGCCGUGAAGAAGCUGACGCUGGGCGACGCGCGCAGCAUGAAGCACGCCUUCCGCGAGAUCAAGAUCAUCCGCCGCCUGGACCACGAGAACAUCGUCAAGGUCUACGAGGUGCUGGGCCCCAAGGGCGCCAACCUGCGCGGCGACUUCUUCAAGUUCAACAUGGUGUACAUCGUGCAGGAGUACAUGGAGACGGACCUGGCGCGGCUGCUGGAGCAGGGCAAGCUGGCCGAGGAGCACGCCAAGCUCUUCAUGUACCAGCUGCUGCGCGGGCUCAAGUACAUCCACUCGGCCAACGUCCUGCACCGCGACCUCAAGCCGGCCAACAUCUUCAUCAGCACGGAGGACCUGGUGCUGAAGAUCGGUGACUUCGGCCUGGCCAGGAUCGUGGAUCAGCACUACUCGCACAAGGGUUACCUGUCUGAAGGCUUGGUGACGAAGUGGUACCGCUCCCCCCGUCUCCUCCUGUCGCCCAACAACUACACCAAAGCCAUCGACAUGUGGGCAGCGGGCUGCAUCCUGGCCGAGAUGCUGACUGGGAGGAUGCUCUUUGCCGGGGGCCACGAGCUGGAGCAGAUGCAGCUGAUCCUGGAGACAAUCCCUGUGAUCCACCAGGAGGACAAGGAGGAGCUGCUGAAGGUGAUGCCCAUGUUCAUCAACAGCACCUGGGAGGUGCGGAAGCCGCUGCGCAAGCUGCUGCCCGAGGUGGACAGCGAAGCUAUUGAUUUUCUGGAGAAAAUACUGACGUUUAACCCCAUGGAUCGAUUAACGGCCGAGAUGGGGCUGCAGCACCCCUACAUGAGCCCCUACUCCUGCCCCGAGGACGAGCCGGUGUCUCAGCACCCGUUCCGCAUCGAGGACGAGAUCGAUGACAUCCUGCUGAUGGAAGCCAACCAGAGCCAGAUGUCCAACUGGGACAGGUACCACAUCAGCCUCUCCUCCGACCUGGACUGGAGGCACGACAAGCAGCACGACAUGGACGAGGUCCAGCGCGACCCCCGCGCCGGCUCCGAGCCCACCGCGGAGGAAGCGCAGGUCGACCCGCGGAAAUACUCGCAGAGCAGCUCGGAGAGGUUCUUGGAGCUGUCCCACUCCUCCAUGGACCGAGUCUUUGAUGCCGACUGUGGGAAAUCGUGUGAUUACAAAGUGGGAUCACCCUCCUACUUGGACAAGUUGCUGUGGAGGGACAGCAAGCCCCACCACUACUCAGAGCCCAAGCUAAUCUUGGAUUUAUCCCACUGGAAAAGGGCCACCAUCGCCCCUCCCGCUGAGCUGUCGCUGGAGGAGGAGCCGUCCAACCUCUUUCUGGAGAUUGCCCAGUGGGUGAAGAGCACGCAGGUGGGGCUGGAGUGCCCCGGCUCUCUCCCGGAGAUGCAGGAGCGCAGCCUGCCCUCCUCCCCUCACCGCCUCCGCCAGGAGCCCGCCCAGGUGAGCAGCGAGACCGACCCCGAGUUUGACUUGGACGUCUUCAUCUCCAGGGCGCUGAAACUUUGCACAAAACCCGAGGAUCUUCCAGACAACAAGCUUAACGAGAUCAACGGGGCCUGCAUCUCCGAGCACCCCGGGGACAUGGUGCAGGCAGAGGCGUUCCAGAAGGAGCGGUGGUGAGGAACCCGCGCCCCGCAGCCCCGCCGCUCCUCCCUCUUCCUCUGGGGUGGUGCGGCCGCUGCCCGGGGCCAAGCGGCUUCCCAGUGCCACCGAGCAUCCCCUUCUCACGCUGUACCAAAUGCCUUUUUUGGGAAAGGCCAGCACAAACCGCACGCCCCUUUUGAUGCCUUAGAAGUGCUUCUAAGGGGAUCGAGAGGUGCGAGUGGAACACCGAGUUUCUUAACACUGCCUUAACAACCUUGCCUUGCGAUCUCUGGGACCUGUUUGAAACUUAAAAUGUACGAGGGGAAAAAUGACUGUACAUGGUAGGUUUGCAAACAGCAGUCGAAUCGGCUUCCUUUCCUUUUCUAUAGCAACUUGAAACGACAAGGACAAAAUUAGCAUUUUCAGUACGGUCAGACACCCUCCUGGUUGGACAGGUUCCCAAAACGCCGAGUUUUGAGCCCCUCUGAGGCGCCUGUGUGAGCACAGGUGUGGAACGAAGCGAUGCCAGCCACCAGCCAGCAGAGAACGGAACCAGAGGCAGAGUUCGGCCAUCAGACAGAAAAACAACCCUCUGAGAAUGUUCAUGGGGAAGGAAUUUGACCUACAGUGUGCCGUUGGGGAUUCGUUUUAUUUUUUUCUGAAGAGAAGACAAAA